UGGUGUGAAAGCCUAACUUCCUUUUUAUGAAAGCUUAACUUCCUUUUGCCUGCUGCAGCUCACCAUGCUCUAGUGAGAUAUAUAGUCAGUACACAGAGUUUAGGGUCACUGUCUGUGAUCUCUUCUUGCAUGACGAGAUGGGGGUCUCAAGCAUUCAGAUGCUGUCAGUGCUGUUGGUCUGUGUGGCCAGUACAAAGCAAACGGAAGGAUCAUAUGCACUGAAAAUGUGGAGCAAGGGAGACCAUGCUUUUCGGGAACAACUCGCUUUAAUGUAUAAGGAAAUAGAAGCCCUGAGACAUGACCAAAGUUUGAUGAAACAGAAACAAGAAGACAUGACGCAGGCGGUGAUGCACUGUACACAAAUGCAAGCAGACACAUAUAAGGAGGUGAAUGUGACUUCCCUGGAAAAAGGCAGCACCUCUAUGCUGUACUCCUUUUCCCAAGAGGAGGAGGGUGAUGUCAAUGAUGAAGGCCUCAACCCCUGUUACAGCUACAAGUCACUCAACCAGGACUGGAGAGCCACCAACUACAGCACCAGGCAAGUUUCCUGUGAUCGCAAUGUGAAGUGGAAUGGCUGGUAUCGCCUGUUUUACAGGGGAAAAAGCAUCCAAAUGCCUGAGCUGUGCGUGAAGAGGGAAAGAUGUGGCACACAUGCCCCGCUGUGGUUAGUAGGUGGUCACCCACGCAAACGUGAUGGAAUUGUCACACGUAAAAUUUGCGGCCAUUGGAACAAUAACUGCUGCGCCUUCCAAUCCCCUCCCAUCCAAGUGAAAGCAUGCCAGGGCAAUUACUAUGUCUACAAGUUUGUCCAGCCACUGGCCUGUCAUCUGGCCUACUGUGCAGAUGUUAACACUCUUGUCUGUGGGAAAUGUAAGAAAAAUGAAAUUUGUACCAGCAAAGACAAGAUCAGGUGGUUUUGUAAGAAAACAAAAAGAAGAGUGAAAGCCAAAGUGCACUUCUUCGCUGCCUACCCUGGCUCACUGUCUGGCAAAGUGAACCAAAUCCGGUACAGUAAGGUGUAUGUGAACGUGGGCGGGGCCUUCAACAGGCUCACGGGUGUGUUCACGGCUCCAGUCAAGGGCAUCUAUCAGUUCUUCUUCUCCACUCAGGCUGCGAGGACUGGGCGUAAGACUGACCUGUGGCUCGUCGUGAAUGGCUAUUGGGUUUCAGUGUCUCACACUCAUGUCAGCGUCUCAAACACAGUAGGAGCUCUUUCAACAUACAUGACCACUCUGCGCAAAGGUGCCUUAGUAUACGUGACCCAUAACUGUGGCAACUCCUAUGCUAACUCUGCAUCCAACACCAUUGUAUUUGGGGGUUCACUGCUUUUAGCACAAACAUGAAGAAAGAGAUUUAGCUACCACCUAAAUGUGUUCAUCUUUAAUGUUUUAUAAUGAAGAUUAUCUUAAUACUGUGUACAGCUGUCAGUCAGGGCCUAGAAAAUGACAUGUCAUUUAAAUUUGGCCUAAUGGUUUUGUGUGUGUUUACAUGCUUUUUUUAAAACUUGCAUGUUACUGUUUAUCAUGCUUGAUUUUUUUUUGCUUUGUUUUAUUUUUGUUCCUGCCUAAUUUUUUAGUAACUCUUUCCUGAUAUUAAUGAAUUACUUUCACAGCUGAAAAAUUUCCUGCUUUUUACUUUUUUUUAUUUUAUUUUUUAAGUCUAAUAUGCCUACUAUUGUGUGGAGGUAACUGGUUGCAUUGUAUGACUGUGAUUCCUUGUUAUGAACAUAGUGGGGCAGUAAAGUUACUUCUGUGUUUAAUAGUCUGACCAUACACAAGAUGGCCCCUCAGCCACAGGUAAUUCAACACACAUCUGUCAGGGAACCUGCAUUAAAUUUAGUCAUGUUCUUGUAUCUUGUGUGGUUAUUGAAGGUGUGAUAAAUAAAAUUCCCUGUAACAUUCA